ACGCAUUUGGAGAAAUAACAUGCUUACUUAAUAAUUGUGCCGAUAACGCUAUCAUAAAUUAACGCGGAAGUGGUAUGUGCUUUUAAGAAUUAGUACCAGUGACCAAAUGGGUAGUGAAUUAAAUCUUGAAUCUACGGAAUCCAGGUUUUCAUCAGUGAGUUCUUGAUGUCAAUAUCGUCUGUUAUGCCAAGAUUUCACAUUCCGUGUUGUUCUAUAUGGACCCACUAUCUCAUGCCGUUCAUUUAUCAUGUCAUUAUUGGCUUUUUAAGUUGGACCGGAGGGUGGUUCAGCUGGACCCGUCAGUCGGAUGCGAUGCUACGAAAUAUUGAGAAACAAAUAUUAUCAUGCUUGAAAACAGCGUACAAACGGUUUUACGUGGACAUUGGCAGUGUUGUGGGACAGAGCGACAAAAUAUGGACGAUAUCACUUAAUGAGGAGUCUCCCAAGACCCCACUAGUGCUGCUACAUGGAAUGGGAGCAGGCCUAGCGCUCUGGUGCCCAAAUCUAGACUCCUUUGCCGCCACGAGGCCGGUAUACGCCAUUGAUUUACUAGGUUUUGGUCGAAGUUCCCGUCCCAAGUUCGCGUCAGACGCGCAGAAGGCCGAAGCACAAUGGGUGGAGUCUGUGGAGGAGUGGCGACGUGAGGUCAACCUCGGGCAGUUCAUACUGCUGGGCCACAGUCUCGGAGGGUACAUCGCGACCGCAUACGCAAUGAAAUACCCAGAGAGAGUACGUCACUUAGUCCUAGCUGAUCCUUGGGGCUUCGCUGAGCGUCCACCAAAUGCAUAUGAGAAGGCACAACUUCCUCUCUGGGUACGAGUGAUCGGGUCUGCCUUGCAGCCACUGAACCCUCUCUGGGCCGUGAGGGCCGCGGGCCCCGCCGGCAAGUGGUUGGUCAGUAAGACCCGACCCGACAUAUCUAGGAAGUACCUCAACUACGUGCCCGACGCGGAGAGGGUUAUACCCGAAUAUAUCUACCAGUGUAACUCACAAACGCCUAGCGGUGAAAGUGCGUUCCACACUCUAAUGACUGGUUUCGGUUGGGCAAAGAACCCGAUGGUUCGUCGAGUGAACGAGCUGGACCCCGCCCUGCCCAUCACAGUGCUGUAUGGCUCCCGGUCCUGGGUGGAUAACAGCAGUGGACAGGUUCUAGUGGAGCAACGUGGCCCUACUAAUACUUAUGUACAGGUAAUAAACGGCGCCGGUCACCACGUGUACCUAGAUAAGCCGGAACUUUUCAACAAGUUUGUACUAGAGGCGUGUACGCGCGCAGACGAACACGACCCCCGGCCCGCGCUCAAGGCUGCCCCCGCAGAGCCCGGAGCGGAGACCCCAGCACUGCCACCCGGUGGCGAAGCACCCUCGAACACAGUCGCCAUCACUAACAAGGCGUCCGCCUCGUCUGACACCACGGCGCAUACAUCUUGAUGAUAAACAAAUCUUAGUUAUAUUACAAUUGUUACGCACAUUCGAUUAUGUAUAGUUGCGAUACGUUAAUGUUGUACUGUGUUAUGAGUUGAGCAUGUGUUCAUUAUGGGUAGCCAAUGGAAGCUCAUAAGGUAUCCAACUAGUUCAAUAAUUUUUAAGAUGCGCUUCAAAAAUGUUAGGCCCUCUAUGAUAAGUUGGUAUUUUUCCUUAAGUUUCCAUUGGUUACCGCCUUGUAUUAAAACGAGAAUAGUUUAUAUUGUUCUGUUUUAAGAGUUCUAUAAGUGUUUUAUAUUUAGUCGAUUUUUCUACAAUCGACUAAAAUUGUCCAUAUUUGUCGCGUUGGUGGAAACACUAGCUAAAAAUUGCUAGCCUAAAAAUUGGCCGAUUGUCGUCAACUUGGACGGCGUAGUAAUUACGAAUUAAAGUAUUAAAAGCAAUUGAAUCUUUAAGAAACUUUCUAAGAUUACUUAUACGCUUCGUUCAUACCAAUUAUAAAACAUAUACACAACUACUUACAAACUAGAUAGAUGAAAGCUUAGUUAACAAAUCUAUUUAUUUGACGGCAUGAUCACGUUCAAAAUUUUUGUGAAAAUUGCCUUGAGUUAGUUCUAUGUGUGUUGUAGUACAGGUUACGGGUAAAAACUAUGAUUUUGUUCAAGUUUGACUGUAAUUAAAUGUUUUAAUUAUGUUUGAAAUAUCUAUAGUUUACUGUUAGUCAACAAAGUUAACAACACGACCAAUAUCCUAGUUUAAUUAUAAGUUUUGAUACUGUCACUCUGGUACUAAGAAUUUUCAACGCCUAUGCCUAUUAGUGUGGAAUUACCUCUUCUAUAAAAUCUUACUUAGCUAGUAUAAAAAAUUUCCUCUAAAACUCUUUCCUAAAUAUAUGUAAGUAUCUCUCUGUUCUAUUAUGUUUGGCGUUGCCUUUUUUAAGAAGUUUUAUCCAGCUUUUGUAGCUACCAAGUACCUGCUUCAAAGAGAUGAAGGGAUCACAAAAUAUGAGACUUUGUAUUAUAUAUUUUUGUUAAGACCGUGUAUGUUACUGUAAAAUGUUGUGUGACGGCUAAAAAUUAUCGAUUUGGCUGAUUACUAAGUAUGUUUGUCAAGUGACCUUAACAUCAGAUAUCAUUUUAAUAAACAUGUAACCCUAUUUUACUGGGUCUGUAUUUGAAACAUAUGACUGCCAAAUUCAUUAAGAUUAUAAGUUUUUUGUACAUUAUAUUGAGCGAGUAUUAUGCUUUUCGUAAGGCCUAGUGCGUCGAAUAAUCAGAAUUAUGUAAAGCUGUACGUAACAUUUUGCGAAGUUUGUCUUGCAAGCACAACGGUGUUGUUGGACGUCUAGUACUGCGAGUUCGUUGAGUAUUGUUGUUUAGCCACAGGCUUUUUGAUACACGGAUUGAAAUAUUAUGUAAAUAAAGAUAAUUUAUUGAAAA